GCUAUAUAGCGAUAGCAAAAAUGGACAUAUAACAUCUUUAAAUACAUCUGCUAAGAUAUUGAAGCUCAGCUAGUGUUGUAACGUGCUAUACACCUGUAUGAUGUAUGUGUGUAGUGUCCUCUUGUGUUCAUAGUUGCAUUCAUUAAUCAUGUCUCUUUAUCUUUACUGUUUUUUAUUUUAAAUGUUUACACAGUAUCAGCUGUGUUUUUACAUUUCUAGUGAUAUAUCACUGCAUCCAACAGAUGGUAGCAUGAGUCCUUAGAUGUGAUACUCUGCAGUACUAUUACAGGUAGAUUAUGAGCUGUAAAAAUUCAAUUAGCAUUUGCCUUUGUCACGUUAAAGAACGUUAACAAUAACACCCAUGCUGUCAAGCUAUGGUAAAUACAGGCUUAUCGGUUAAAGUGGGCAGCUCUCCUUGUAGGUGUAAGAGUGCGCUACAAGCGGGACCUGUGGCGCGUCUUUUUCCAGCGCCGGCGGGGGGGCUGUGACGCGCUCCACAGAGGUCACAUUUCAGACCGAGACGGAGAUUAAAGGCAGAGAGACGAGAAACUGGCCGGUGCAGUUUAUUGUAGUGCAUGUGUGGUGCGCACUUACAAUCAUUUGGGCACAUUUCUAUGGGUUGAUAGAAAGAGAGAGAGAGGGGGAGAAGAGAGAGAGAGGGAGACUUAAAGUGAAACCUGGAGAAGCAGAGAUAGCCAGCCAAUCAGAAAUCCCCCCCAGGCGUUUAAAGGGAUGGUGGGCAGUCUCUCGGGCUUUAAGAGUGACUUAUUUUACAACCUCCACACAUUCUCACGUCUUGACCUCCCACGGACACUCAAACAGAGCACAGCGCUCGGAUGAGUAACAGCCCGGUUUGCCUGAGUCGACAUGGAUCUGUCCUGAACGGUGUCUCCCCCCCCCCUCUCGUUUUACUGCAUAUGAGCUACUGCUGCUGCUGCUGGAUGCUCCUCGCCCUCCCCCCGCCGCACUUGUUGCGCAGAGACUGGAUGCGCCGCUGAGUCCUUGGAGAGGAGAGGCAGGGACGGACUGCAACAGGUGCACACGGAGCAUCUCCCUCUAAAAGGCUGCACCGGAGAUAAAACCAAACUUUAAAUGCUGAUUUGAGGAUCCUUGUUCGUCUUCAGCCCUCACUGCGCGCACUAAGCCAGGAUGCCGGUCCUGACAAGCCCCGACAUAGCUAACAAGUUUAAGGAGAAAUGGCUGGCGGUCUACCCAGAGGAUCAGGUCACCGGGACCGACUCUGCCCCCCUUGACGACAGCCUCACCAGCCUCCACUGGCUCCAGAAUUUCUCCAUCCUCAGCGCGGACCCGGAGCGACCCAACGGCGCCGGACCGGGCUGUCCGUCCUCCCAGCAGCACCUCUUCCUCAAGCGGCUCGGCAUCCCCAGAGGAGGCACCGACUCUCCGUCCAGCCCUCCGGCCGGGGACACCGCCGCCACCGGGAUGCCUCUGUACCUCGGGAGCCCCGUAACCUCCGGCAGCGACUCCACCGCGGCGCCGCGGUUCGCCAGUUGCGCACAUCCAACAUCCGGCUACCCACAGAUCCCCAUCCAGGCCAGCCCGCCGGUCGAGGUCGACUACAAAACCAACCCUAAAGUCAAACCGCCCUAUUCCUACGCGUCUCUCAUCUGCAUGGCCAUGCAGGCCAGCAAGCAGCCCAAAGUGACUCUGUCCACCAUCUACAACUGGAUAACGGAGAAUUUCUGCUACUACAGACACGCGGAGCCCAGCUGGCAGAACUCGAUUCGUCACAACUUGUCCCUCAACAAGUGUUUUAAGAAGGUCCCCAGGCAAAAAGACGAGCCGGGGAAAGGAGGCUUCUGGCAGAUUGAUCCUCAGUAUGCUGACAUGUUUGUCAAUGGCAUCUUCAAACGCAGGAGGAUGUCUGCUAACCACUACAACAGCAGCAGUGGCGGAGGCAGCAGUGGCACACAAAGACAGAGCAAACUGGUCCAGGGUUAUCACAGCACCCAAAAUGGCUGCCCUUACCAAGAGGUGGGCGGCAAACGGAAGCACCUGCCCUCUAAAAACAGCAACAAGGCUAUGAGGGUGACUGAGUCCCCUCUAUUAGCAACAGAAGCCCACAAAGCAGACAUCCUGAGGGGGGACUUUGACCUGGCGUCCGUGUUUGAUGACGUCCUCAGCGGGAACUGUAGCACCUUCGAGGAUUUGGACAUCAACACAGCACUGAGCUCCCUGGGCUGGUGCGGGGGAGCGGGCCUCAUGGGUCAGAGCCAGCACCUGAGCCAACAUCAGUCCUACGGUUACAUGGACUUGAGCGGCGCCGCUUCGAUGGAGUGCGCGGUCAACAUGGGAGAGCUCCACGUGCCGCCGCAGCAGCAGCAUCCACAUCCGCAGCAGCAGCAGCUGGACCAGGACCAGCUGCUCCAGAGCAACAACCACCACCAUCACCACCUGCAGCAGUUCGACGAGCCCUCCACGCUGUUCCCGGAGCGGCCUGAGGAGGCGGUGCUGCAGCCCUGGGAGGAAAUCAAAGAAGAGGCGCAGGCGAUUCCUCUUUCUCUGGAUCAGGGCUUCGGCCUGUGCGAGGGCUUCUUUACAGAGAUGCAGCCGUGGGAGCGAGUGGAGGCCUAUCUGUGACCUUUGACCCCAAACCUCAUUGACUCCUUAUGAUCUAAACAUCUCUGAUUGCUGGUCCAACUCCACAUUACUCCUAAAAGGACAACAGUGGUGAUAGAGCACGGUUACUUCUACAUUUCCUCCAAUCAUUCUGCAAUACACUGCAUCUGUAAUUUAUUUUUUGUAACAUUUACUUGCCUUUUUUUGUUAAAAUACAAACACAAUCAUGUCAAACCUAUCUUGAACUUGAACUGCAAACCCAGCUUGAAAAGAUGCCCUUAAUAAAAGACAAUGAUAUGACCAUAAAGUUUGUUUGGUAACAUGAUUAGGGACAACUUCCUGGCACAGACGCCCAUUUCCUCCUGCGGAUGUCAGGUGAUUGACAGUGAACCAGUGUGCAACGUGAAUGCAGAGCUGGUAUAUCAGGCACAAUGAAAUGACAAAACAACAGAGUAACUUUGAUAAACCAAAUUAAAGUUUCAUGCAGACCAUGAGGGAUUAUCUUGCUCUGUAGAAUGAAUGGCAGCAAGUGGCUUCUUCACGAGGAGGAUGAAUGAAGAAACUGGACUUUAUUGGAACUAUAAGAGAAAAAUGGAAAUGAGAGAAUGUGUACAAGUGAGUGCUGAACUGGACUGAAAUGUAAGCUACAGCUAUAUGUCCUCAGUGACAGAAGAAAAGCAAAGAAAGCUCAACAGCCCUCCUUCAAAGCACUCUCUACAAACAAGCACUGUCACAGAGGGACUCAGAAGACAUACAGGAUUCUAUUUUGCUACAUUAGCAUUUAACAUUUUUUACUAACAUGCAGUGAAAUCAGCCAUUCAUCUCAACCGUCUGAUGAAAGAUGAAGCUAUCAGAGCAGGAUGGAGACGAGAAAACUUUAAAUUCAUAGUGAGAUUAGAAAUCAGUCACUUAUGACUUUGUUAUAUAGUCGAUUUAAUAUAUAUUCACUAAAGUAUAUAGUGUGAAGCUGGGCAGGAACAUUUGCCAUUUGUCUACAGUCACGUAUUGCAAAGCAGACAGAGGAGCCGACCUGAUAUUGAGUCAUGAAGUCAAACAUUAUGCACUUUGAUAGGCCGCAGUUUUAGGAAAGCAAGACAGCUUUUUUUUCAGGAUGUUUAGUUUAAUUUUUAUGGUAUUAAAAUGGUGUUUUUCUAAAGUUUACUGACCAUAAUGAAAAUGAUGCAUAUAUGCUGUAAUCGUCCAUAUCAGUUUCUUUUUGUACAAUGAACUCGACACUGCAAUAAGUUUUGUUUGCUUAAAUAUACUGUCUUUCUUUCCAAAUAUAUACAAAAGUGGGCAUUUGUUGAUUAUAUUUCGCCAAAAUUUGUUGAUAAGGAAUAUGCAGUUCAUUGGUGUUUCUGUGUUGAUUUAUACAAAAAGAAGAGAGUUGUGUUUUCUGUCACUGGGUGAUGGAUUUCUUUUUGUCCCUUAUUGAUUACUUUGGUGUAUGUCUUUUUUUAUUUGUAUGGUUUGUUUUCAACAAUCUGAAUUUCAAAUCAUGUAAGAGAAUAAUAACUGCUGGUUUGGGGUGACAAGUUAUGAGCAGAUACAAAAAUUCAACUCUGAAAACGCCAGAUUUUCUUAUUGUAUCAUAUUGAUCAAGUUUCAUAUGGACUCUUUAAUCUUACCAUGUUAUUUUCAUUUGUACUUUUUUUAAGCUGUUUAAAAAUGCAAUCAUGCCUUGAUGCAAUAAAUGGUGUCAAUUAAAGAAGGAACAGUAAC